AACACAUAAAUCUUUGUCUUGCGUAAACAAGUUGAAAAACAAUAGAAUAAUACUGUCAAUUAACUAUGUCGUACCACGUUCUACGUAUUUUUUUUUUCUUUUAUGUUUGACUAAAUCUAAAAGAAGAGGCCCAAAUUCAUUUGUGACGUAUUUCAAAAUGUAACAUGUGAACAAAUCAAAAAGGCCACAAACGUUAUAAUACACAAUAAGGUCGUGUCAUUGUGUGAACAGCUUUUCAGCGGGCUUUAUUUACUUUGGAAUAUACUGCUUUAACAAGAGCCCUGGGCUCGGGAAUUAACAGUGUUGUGUGAAAUAUCGCCGAUGUAGCCAAAACUAUGGAAUACAAAGUGAAUUUAAUAUUCCUUGUGGUAUUUAGCUCUAAAAUUGUUGUAUCUAUUCCUUAUAAUGAGGAAAAUGUGAGACAAAGAGCAUACCCUGCUAUCAAUUGGCCAUCAAACCUUCAAGCAAGGGAAAAUCCAAAUUUUGCACCACCUCAAAAUUUUCAUGCUGCAGUAUAUCAAAAACCUUAUUAUCAAGAAAUGGCGCAACGUAGAAUAAAUUCUCCCAAUGAAGAAUUCCGUGCACCACCACUUGCCGCAUUGCCGAAAGCGUUUGAAACUCCAACGGGAUAUAGAGUUACUGGUACGAGAAAUGAUCAGAAUUAUUAUCAAAACAACGGACAAAAUGGAUUGAGGCAAUUCCAACAAAUCAAUGUACCCCCAGUCCGACAAAAUCCUGUUAUUGAGCAGACUUAUUUUCAACCGAUUCGGGAACCUUUAACUUCAGUUUCACAAAAUGGAAAUCCACAGGGGCAAUACCCUAGAUCGGUCCUUCCCAAUUACUAUAACCAACAACCCCUACCUCGACUACAAGCGUCACAAUUUAGAUCAAAUUACAUGAAUGUUCCUAAUGCAGAAGUACAGCGACCGUGGGUACAAAACAUGCGCGGGGCUUAUGACAAUAAAACCCAAUAUCUAAGUAAUGAACCUUCAGUAAAUCCUAAAGAAAUAGCCAGGAGCGCUAUUGAGUUACAAAAUAAAUAUCAAUCCCCAAUGGAACACCUACCUCGAAUUGUAAACAGAAAUCUAGCAACAAACUCACAGAUGAAUUCUGGAUAUAUACCUGGAGAUAAUAGACGCCCAGAAAUGCGGAAUAUACUGGCGGCUGGAACAAAUACUAAUUUGGAUAAAAACCAUAAAACGUUUAUGAUAGAUGACCCUAGAGGAAAUGUAGAACUGGUAGGGAACUUGAGACCACAUGAAAAUAAGAACGAUGUUUUGGUAAAUGCGAAAGACAUCCUGGGAAAGACAAAUGAAGGCCAAUCACAUCCAACUUUCAGGCCUCAAGUGAUAAACCAGCCUCAAGUGAUAUCAUCAACUACUGGCACAGAUAUUUUUCUGCAUAAUGAUGUGCAAGACACCGUUGCCAAUACUGUACUUAACGCGAAAUCAGUACCAUACAAUAAACCUUUAUUACAAGAAAAUGCGGUUCAAAAUCCUGCUGUUUUAGAUUCAAUUUCAAGUUACAGAAGCCAACCACGGGUGAAGUCAUCAAAUACAAAAUUUUUGCUACGUGAUGAUUUACAAGACACUGUUCCCAAUACUGCGCUUAAUACUGCGCUUAAUACUGCUUAUACGAAAUCAGUACCAGAUAGUAAGCCUUUGGUGCAAGAACAAGGGAUUUCGAAUUUUGCCGCUCUAGAUUUGAAUCCAAGAUAUAGACCCUCGGGACAAAAUGUAGACCACCCUCGGGUGACGUCAUUAAGUACUGAUACAAAGAUUUUGCAACGUCAAAAUUUUCAAGAUACAGGUUCUAAUACUACAUUUAAUAUCAAAUCAGUACCAGACAAUAGACCUUUAGUACAAGAAACUGUGGUUCUGAAUCCUGCUGCUGUGGAUACGAUUCCAAGUCACAAAGAGCAGCCCCAAGUAAUAUCAACUAUUCAAACAGAAUUUUCACGGGGCGAUCGUCUAGAAGAUACGGCUCCCAAUACUGCAUUUAAUACGAAAUCAGUACCAUACAAUAAGCCUUUGGUACAAGAAGAGGCAAUUCCAAGUUUUUCUGCUCUAGAUUCGGACCCAAGUCAUAGAAAUCAGCCUCGGGUAACGUCAUCAACUGCCGACACAAAAAACUUGCUACGCCAUGAGUUACAAGAUAAGGGUCCCAAUACUGCAUUUAAUAUAAAAUCAGUACCAUACAAUAAGCCUUUGGUACAAGAAGAGGCAAUUCCAAGUUUUUUUGCUCUAGAUUCGGAUCCAAGUCAUAGAAAUCAGCCUCGGGUGACGUCAUCAAUUGACGACACAAAAAACUUGCUACGUCAUGAGUUACAAGAUGAGGCUCCCAAUACUGCAUUUAAUAUAAAAUCAGUACCAGAUAAUAGACCUUUAGUACAAGAAACUGUGGUUCUGAAUCCUGCUGCUGUAGAUAUCAUUCCAAGACACAAAGAGCAGUCUCAAAUAAUACCAACUAUUGAAACAGAAAUUUCACGGGGCGUUCGUCUAGAAGAUACGGCUCCAAAUACUGCAUUUAAUAUGAAAUCAAUACCAUACAAUAAGCCGUUAGUACAAGAAGAGGCAAUUUCAAGUUUUUCUGCUCUAGAUUCGGAUCCAAGUCAUAGAAAUCAGCCUCGGGUGACGUCAUCAAUUGCCGACACAAAAAACUUGCUACGUCAUGAGUUACAAGAUGAGGCUCCCAAUACUGCAUUUAAUAUAGAAUCAGUACCAGAUAAUAGACCUUUAGUACAAGAAACUGUGGUUCUGAAUCCUGCUGCUGUAGAUAUCAUUCCAAGACACAAAGAGCAGUCUCAAAUAAUACCAACUAUUGAAACAGAAAUUUCACAGGGCGUUCGUCUAGAAGAUACGGCUCCAAAUACUGCAUUUAAUACGAAAUCAGUACCAUACAAUAGGCCGUUGGUACAAGAAGAGGCAAUUCCAAGUUUUUCUGCUCUAGAUUCGGAUCCAAGUCAUAGAAAUCAGCCUCGUGUGACGUCAUCAAUUGCCGACACAAAAAACUUGCUACACCAUGAGUUACAAGAUGAGGCUCCCAAUACUGCUUUUAAUAUAAAAUCAGUACCAGAUAAUAGACCUUUAGUACAAGAAACUGUGGUUCUGAAUCCUGCUGCUGUAGAUAUCAUUCCAAGACACAAAGAGCAGUCUCAAAUAAUACCAACUAUUGAAACAGAAAUUUCACGGGGCGUUCGUCUAGAAGAUACGGCUCCAAAUACUGCAUUUAAUAUGAAAUCAGUACCACACAAUAAGCCGUUAGUACAAGAAGAGGCAAUUUCAAGUUUUUCUGCUCUAGAUUCGGAUCCAAGUUAUAGAAAUCAGCCUCGGGUGACGUCAUCAAUUGCCGACACAAAAAACUUGCUACGUCAUGAGUUACAAGAUGAGGCUCCCAAUACUGCAUUUAAUAUAAAAUCAGUACCAGAUAAUAGACCUUUAGUACAAGAAACUGUGGUUCUGAAUCCUGCUGCUGUAGAUAUCAUUCCAAGACACAAAGAGCAGUCUCAAAUAAUACCAACUAUUGAAACAGAAAUUUCACGGGGCGUUCGUCUAGAAGAUACGGCUCCAAAUACUGCAUUUAAUACGAAAUCAGUACCAUACAAUAGGCCGUUGGUACAAGAAGAGGCAAUUCCAAGUUUUUCUGCUCUAGAUUCGGAUCCAAGUCAUAGAAAUCAGCCUCGUGUGACGUCAUCAAUUGCCGACACAAAAAACUUGCUACACCAUGAGUUACAAGAUGAGGCUCCCAAUACUGCUUUUAAUAUAAAAUCAGUACCAGAUAAUAGACCUUUAGUACAAGAAGCUGUGGUUCUGAAUCCUGCUGCUGUGGAUACGAUUCCAAGUCACAAAGAGCAGCCCCAAGUAAUAUCAACUAUUCAAACAGAAAUUUCACGGGGCGAUCGUCUAGAAGAUACGGCUCCCAAUACUGCAUUUAAUACGAAAUCAGUACCAUACAAUAAGCCUUUGGUACAAGAAGAGGCAAUUCCAAGUUUUUCUGCUCUAGAUUCGGAUCCAAGUCAUAGAAAUCAGCCUCGGGUGACGUCAUCAAUUGCCGACACAAAAAACUUGCUACGCCAUGAGUUACAAGAUGAGGCUUCUAAUACUGCAUUUAAUAUAAAAUCAGUACCAGAUAAUAGGCCUUUAGUACAAGAAAAUAUGGGUGUAAAUUCUGCUACUUUAGAUAUAAUUCCAAGACAUAGAGAGCAGCCCCAAGUAAUAUCAACUAUUGAAACAGAAAUUUCACGGGGCGUUCGUCUAGAAGAUACGGCUCCAAAUACUGCAUUUAAUAUGAAAUCAGUACCAUACAAUAAGCCGUUGGUACAAGAAGAUCCAUCUGCAGUUGAUAAUUUCCCACAGAAAGCUCCUCAUGUAAGCUUGUUUAGUACAGAAGCCCAUCAACUUAAUAAGGAGGUAAUGCCUAAUAUGCGGAUAUCGGCACAAGACAAUGAACACGACAAACCAAAAUCUAUUUUUGAUGAAUCUAUUAUUCCCAUUGCUGCAACAGAGAAAUCUAUCGAAACUAGUACAUUGUCCACGAAUUAUGUUACUAAGAACAAUAGUGAACACAAUUCAAAUCCAGAUGAUUAUAAUCCAAGUGAAUUUUUAAGACAAAACAUAUCUUUCGAUAAAUAUAAAUCUCAAGCAAAAACGGUUAAUUUACAAAAUGAGACAACCACAACUGAUACACCAAGUGACACGGGUCGACCAGUUGUAAAGCAUCAUCAUCAUCAUAGUUCAGUAGGUCGCGAAAUCUUAGAUUCCGUUUUGGAUGAUAAUAUAUUUAAUCAACCUAGUUCUCCUAUGGAGAAGUCCUUAGAAAAAGCUACUUUCGAUGAACCGCUGAAUGAACCACUUAUUCCAAACAACGACCACUCAACACCAGAACCCUGGUACUUAAACUCUGAGCCACUUAGAAGCAGUAAUAUCACUGAAGAAGAUCACUUUUCAAACAAUAAAACAAAAAUCCCCGAAGAAACUACAUUUACAUUUAGUACAGUUCCAGAAAUAAAAGAAGCGAAAGAUAUAGAAAAUGAAAAACCUGUUGAAGUUAUAGAAAAAAAAGAUUUUUUCGUUAAUGAGGCUAAUUGGUUUAGGGAACAAAGUGAAGAUGGUGCUACAAAUAGUAAUGUGGUAUCUCCGCUCACAAGUGACGAAGAUAAAGAAAGGGAAAAAGUACAGAGCACCACAGUGAGUUCACUGUUAAGUCCAUUGAACAACUUAAUUAAUCUUUUUAAUAAUGGUUUACAAGUUCUCAGUCCAUUGAACAACAAGAAAAAUGAUACUUCAAAGCCGACUGUUGCUGAAAGUUAUGUAGCGCCAACAAUUAGUUCAUUACACAAUCGUUCCACAGUUGAAGAUAAUCGACAAACUGAAAGUACUGAAACUCUUACUGUAGAUGCCAGAAACGAUGAUAUUCUUGAUCUUUUGUCUAGUAAAACUGAUAAUUCUGAAGAUCAAUUGAAUAUUAUUCUGACUGAUAGUACUGAAAAUAUAUUGAAUGAAAUGAAAUACAUUGAUUCAAUGAUUCCAUUGUCAGAAAAUAAUAACAUUGCUAAUGAGCCCAUAAAUUUAGAGGACGAUCAAAUGAAUUUUGAUGAUGUGGCUAUUUUAUUUAAUACGGACAGUAUGCCUACUGUUAGUACAGAGAGUCUUGAUGAAGAAGUAGACGUAUUCUCUCAGGAAGUUAAAGCUAUCGACAACGAAGAAAUACCCAAUCCAUUCAUUGGCAGUGAUGAAACCUUUAAUAUUUUUAACGAGAAUAACGCAAACGGAAAUAAUAGAACACCUUCCGUUUUGACGUUGGACACUCAGGAUGAAGUUGAUCUAGAUGUAAGGGAGAGGAUUGUGAAUCCCACUGUAAUCCAAUCCAGUAUAAAAGGCGACGAAGAAGAUCAAACGAUUACUUCAAAUACGAAACCGGAUACGCUUCCGGAUAUUUUCACUUUAAACGAUGAUGCAGUCGCGAAUCCUGCUGACAAUAACACCGUUAUGUUCAAAGUCGAUGCUGACUUCUGGCAGAAGAUAAAAAACGGAAACAUCACGUACGAUGUUGUGUAUUUGUUUCAAGCUUAUGAUCAGCCUGUCGUUGAAAAGGAAACACAGACGAUCAUUCAUCCGAAUGGCACUAUAGUUCAGCAGUAUGUUGAAAAGACUUGGAAGAAACAAGGAGUUCAAUUGUUUCAGAUACCCAACCGAUAAUUGUUCAAAAAACAAAAAUAUUCCAUCCCGACGGUCGGAUUGUUGAAGAGCCGUUGUCGUUUCGCCUCCAAAUUAACUUAAUAAUUAAAUAAUAAUUAAUGUAUUUUUUUUUUCAAAUUAAGUAAGAAUUAAGGUUUCAUUUAAUUUUGUUUCCGGUGUAUAUUGGUCCGAAACAGAUCUUUUAAAGUGAUAAGAACGCCAAUUGUACGUCGAACUUAGUUGUUUGCCGCAUUUUGGUGUACGAUAUAGUAUUUUCUACACAACACCAGUUUGAGGUUCGGAUUUUUAAGUUUUUUUAUUCGCACGAUGCUACUUUUACGAAAAUAUUAUAAACAGAUUUAUGAAAUGCUAUGAAAUAUAAAUAUAAUUUGUAUGGAAA